GCAAUCCUGCUUUGACAUGUAAGUGUGUUGGGUUUGGACACUAUUUACAGCUUCUCGGUCUGCAGUGGUAGGAGGCGAGCGAUUGUGUUGGCUGAUUACUGCUGGCUUGCUUUCGGUAACACACUUUGGAGGCUGCGCUCGAGCAGAUUCGCGGCGAGAGUACAACGGCGAAUGACCUUGGCUUUUACAUCGCCUUUUCACUUCCGGCUUCAUUUUUCCAAUGCAUCGAGGGAGAAUGGAGACUUCCUUCGUUCUAUAUAACAGUCCGUCCGCACGACUGCAGAGCAAUGCCUGAACGCACAGCGGUCGACCCACUCCACCAUGCGAUUCCGGUUGGCAACCCUGCUCAGCGCUGUCGUCGCCCUCGCUACAGCCUGUACCGUACCCUUUAACGAUGUCCGCUUAAUGCACAACGAGACCCUACUCCGCGAGGCUAUUGAUCAGUUCCAUCAGUCAAACGGGACUCAAGGAUGGGCCGACGCAGUUAAGCCGGGCAACCCGAUCACCCCAUGGCCCAGCGACAUCGACAGGAUGCACCGGAUUCGAUAUUGCUUCCAGAACGCGAACGUCAAGGUGAAAACCUGGGAAUACAUCAACAAAGCAUGGGAUCUAUGGCUUGACAAAAUCGGCAAACCGGGACCGGGCCGGUACAGCAGACACUUGCUCAUGUGGCAGGAAUACUCGUCCCACGAAGGGGUUCCGCUCUGCCGAGUGUACGGCGAUGAUUCAAAGUGGAAUCCGGAUGUGCCGCCAGAAACGGUGGAGAUCCGACUCAGCACGAAGGCGAACUACGCGGCCCAAGCUACCGUUGGCUACAUUCCUGAGUAUUGGAACAACGAGCCCGGUCGCCACGUCAUCUACAUCAAUGUCGGGCUGCUAGACAAAUACCACCCGGAGACGGGGGCGACAUUCAUUGCCCACGAAAUGGGACAUAUUUUUGGCCUCUGGCAUGAACAUCAGCGACCCGAUCGCGACCACUACGUCCACUUCGCCUGCGAAAACCUCCCCGGCUACGCCGAGACCGCCCGCGCCGUCGAAAAAGACGGCCACUACUCCAUGCAAGAAGUCUGCCGCUCCCCCGUCAUCGGCAUCCUGUUCGGCUUCCCCUCCAACGAGUACUCCACCGAGCCCUACUGGGACUGGCGCCACGACAAAGGCUACGAGCAUCCGUGGAGGCUGCGCACCGCCGCCCGCUACGACCUCUUCUCUGUCAUGCAUUAUGAUAGCGGCUUUGCGCGGGUGGAGCGCGCGCCGCUGACGGCCUGGAUUUAUGGCGCCCCGGGCUUUGUGUCGCCCGACCCGCCGAAUGUGUUGAACUCGGAGCGUAUUCCGCUGAGGACGAGGGUUAGUGAGCGGGAUGCCGAGGCGGUUAGGUUUCUUUAUCCGUGGCGGAAUGCGUGGCGUAGGAAGGGCGCGGGGGGAUGGUGAGGGGAUAGGGGCACGGCGAGGGAGAGAUGAGCCUGGCUUCGUACGGCGAUAUGCAGGAGAGGUGAGGCAUGUUGAGUGCUUCUCUCGCCGUCACUAC